AUGGUGCAGCAGACAGAGGCAGCUGCCAGAGCCCUCAGCUUCUCCAUCCACAUCAAUGGCAGUACCUCGGCUGGAACGCCGCGGCGGCCCCUGACUCUCAGGACAACCCGCCUGCUCUCCUCCCUGCCCUCUGCUCCGCCGCCGCGCAGCAGGCCCAGCCCGCACCCCAGCCCUGAACACCCCAGGAAGUGGCGGCGCCUCUCGACGGCGGCUCGGAGGGGAAGGGGGGCGCGGCUUGCCAGCGACCGGAGGCCCACCCGAAGGCCGGGAAGAGGGCGGUGCGCGGCCGAGCGGCAGAGCCCCAGUGGGAACCUCCCCUGGAGACGGCCCCACCCCUGCAGCCCCUUCCUGAGGCCCCGCCCCACGCCCCCGUCCAGAGAACCCCGCUCCGGCCCCGCCCCGCCAGCGGCCCCACCCCUGCAGCCCCGUCCUGCCCCUGCAGCACCCCCCCCAGGUCUUGCCCCUGCAGCCACCUCCCGCCCCUGCAGCCCCUCCCGAGGCCCCGCCCCACGCCCCGGCCCCGCCCCUCCGGCCCGUGCCCAGCGGCCCCGCCCCGUGCCCGGGUCCAGAAAAUCCCCGCUCCGGCCCCGCCCCGCCGGCGGCCCCGCCCCGCCCCGCCCGCGCCCCGGGCGCUCUUCUCCUGGCUCCGCGGCCCGGCCGCCGGAGAGUCCGCGUCCCGCCGCCUGCCCGCCCGCCGGCGCCGCGCUCCUGCCUCCGCUCCGGCCCCUCCCCCGAGCGCCGCGGUCCGGCAGCGCCUGGCCGGGGGCCCGCGGGCGGGCCGCCCUCCCCGCCGCAGCCCACCCCCCCUCUUAA